UCUGAGAUAGCGAUGACUCUACAGAGGACCCAUUCAUUGCUUCAGUUCCUGCUGCUGACCCUGCUGGGGCUGGGGCUGAUGCAGCCCUCCUAUGGCCAGAAUGUCAUGUAUCAACGGUUUUUGCUACAACAUGUGGAUCCUACGAGUACAGGGGGCAACGAUAUCUACUGCAAUACGAUGAUGCAAAGACGGAAGAUGACUACACAUCACUGUAAGCCCGUCAACACCUUCAUCCAUGAAAACAUCUGGAACAUCCACAGUAUCUGCAACACCGCCAAUAUCCAGUGCAAGAAUGGCAGCAUGAAUUGCCAUGGGGGUGUAGUGAAGGCCACAGACUGCAGGCAGACAGGAAGUUCCAGGGCUCCUAACUGCAGAUAUCGGGCCAGGACCAGCACUAGGUGGGUUGUCAUUGCCUGUGAUGAUAACUCGGGGUUACCUGUGCACUUUGAUAAGUAG